GCCUUUAUGCAGAAAAUAAAGAUGGCGUCCGAACUGUACAGGAGAGUAAAGGCUGCCUAUGAUUUACACGAGAAAGGAGGAUGGUAUUCACAUGCAGACUUGUUUCCACUUGUAUCCAAGGAGCAUCUUUCCGCACCUCUAUUGAAGAAGUAUUUUUUUAAAAGGAGGUCCUGUGUCCUGGCUUGCAUAAGGGAAGAAGAAGAUGGGGAGUUGAGUGUAUUGCUGACUGUAAGAUCAACCACAGUUUCUUUUAAAGGUCAGGUAUGUCUCCCUGGAGGUAUGGAGGAUGAGAGUGAUGGUGGCUCACUGAUUGCUACUGCAUUAAGGGAAGCAGAUGAAGAGAUUAAUCUAAAACAGGAUCAGGUCAAUGUGAUUGGUCUCAUUCCACCUUUCAUGGUCGUAAACACCAUUAAGAGUCAAGUCUUCCCCUGUUAUGCUGUGAUGGCAACACUGGCAGGGAAGAGAAAUGAGCUCCAGUUAAUUCCAAAUGAAGAUGAAGUCUCCGAUUAUUUUUGGAUGCCACUGAGGAGUUUUAUAAGUUCAGGGCCACAUCACCAACAGAUAAAAUCUGGUGCAUUAUUUGGUGGUGACUCGCGUUUGAGUUUGGAUCGUUUUAGUUACAAAUCAAGAGAAGGGAAGUUGUAUCAAGUUAUGGGUUUAACUGCAAGGUUAUGUAUUGUGACAGCAAUGGUUGCUUUUAAUGAGCCACCACACUGGCCUUUAGCAUUACAAGUUUGUGCUCCAGUUGAGAGAGAAGAGGUUCAUGAUGAGAGGAAGGGAAAUCUUGUACCAAUUUUGAGACUUCCUCAUAACAAAUAUAAUUUAUUGCCCAUGAAAUCAAAAUUGUGACCAUU